AUGGCCAAAACUCUUUUCGCACCAAUCUUUGUCUUGAUUUUUCUUCAAUAUUCUCUUUGUGGAGCACAGUCCGGGGAAAAAGUUCCGCAUUCGGUUUCUGAUGAUAUCGCAGAAGGCUAUCCAACGGGAUGUAGAUUUUACAAAGACAGGAAAUUUUUUCAGUGUCGCAACGCAGGAAUAUUUGCAAUCCCUGAAGUGAAAGAAAGCUGGGAAGUUGUAACUGUGUAAGUCAAAAAAUUAUAUCUGUACAAAAUAAGCGUACAUUCAUUCGCGAAUUAUUGUGAAUCGUUCAGAAUUAAUAAUCCUUUACAGAGAUCUUUCCGGAAACAACAUCUCAAGUGUUCAAUUUGGUGAUGGUUACAGAAGUGUUCAAUCUAUGUAAGUACACGCCCAUUUUUCUUCCCAUUUUUUUCUAGUUUUCUAUCCAUCUUCCUUUCCUCCUUCAAUUUAUAAGUUCCUUAUUUUUCAACAGAAAUUUGGAGCGAAACAACAUCACAACAUUUUUUGAAGAAUCAAUCCAGGAACUAGAACACCUUCAUCACCUGUGAGUCUAAAAGAAGUCCAAUCAUUUGAUUUGUUUCUUAACUCAGUUGUGGACUGUAACAGUUUUUUUUAUAGCAAAAAAGUAAGUGUGUUUGGUAUAUGUAUUGUGCAGAUGUUUGUGAUUUAGUAACUACCCUAGGAACAGUAAUCGCUCCGUGAGGUUUUUUCAAGAUGUCGUAAAAGAGGGCCGAGGGAAAUCGAGAUUAUUCGAGAGCGUGCACUAAAGCCGUUCGUGCGCACUCUCGGAUUGUUAUUCGCGAGUUUCGAUGUAUCAAAAAAGAGAACGAGUGAGUCUUUUGACGCAUCGCGUUUCGUGAAUAAAAAUCGUUUAAGCACUUUCCAUGGUAUGGUGUUUUUAUUUCAAACAUACUGAGAUUUUUUUACGUUUCAAUUCAAAGAUUAGAAGUGAACGACUGUGAAAAUACAUCGUUCGUCCAAUCAGAGACACGAACGAUAGUGCUUCGCAGUGUAAAGAAAUAAACGGCAGUUCGAACCAUUGACGUUCCACAGACUGACCAGAAGUUCCUCCACGGAGCUACAGAGAAACCUUUCGCGAGCCACACGAUAUGCUGUCUGUUUUUUAAAUCUGCAGAAUUAAUUUAUCAUGCGAUGUGUUGCUAUGACAAAGAUAACGUUAAUGGACCUAUCAAAAAUGUAAUAUCUCCGUUAUUUCAUUGCAACUCAAAAGUACUCAGAAAAAUUGAAGUGAAAUGACAUAGUUAUCACGUUUUCAUACCCAAAAAUUCACUUACACAUGGUACGUUCAGCUAGUAAAUCACUUCCACGAAAUAUCGAAACGGUUCUAAAAGGGGACGUCAUUUUAGAUUACACGCCGUCUGAAAAGAACUGCACUCCAGAAUCGGACGCCUUCUAAAUAAAGUGAAAGCACCUCUCCUUUUCUAAAUGGAGCAACUCACAAAAUGAGACACCUUCAUUUCUCCCUCGUCAUGCACAUGACUUUAUUGAAGCCCUUAUUUGCACAUCACUCGAACUGGGUGGGAACAAACAGCAUCACUGCAAAAUGGAAGCGAAAUCAACCCUUAUUCUUUUCGAAAAGUUUUUCAGUUGGGAAGAGACAGGCGACUACUUGAUACGUAAUACGAAUCCUGACAUUAUGAUGAUUUCGAAACUACUUGAUCUUAACUUUUAUCUGUUUACAGGUCUAUCGGAGGAAACCCUUUUCACUGCGACUGCAAUCUGGAAUGGCUUCGGGAACGCCUUCUUGGCUCAAAAAACCACUUCCCUUUAGUUAGACACGUCCAAGAUAUCAAAUGCGCCUCGCCAUCCAGUUUGCUCGGAACAAUACUGAUCACUCUUUCCACGGAGGAGUUAUGCGGUAAGGGUAUUAUAUAAAUGCUGUUGAAGUAACUUACCAAGGAUGUAGAAAAUGUGUACCGAGCUGAAAUCAGCUGGGACUUUCGUUCUAUGGUAGAUCCUUUUUUCAAACCGUUAACCUCAGUCAGGACUCAAAAUGUAGCGUCGCCAACCUCGCAAAAAUAUCCCGCAAUGCUAAUUUUAAUAUACCGAGUGGUCUAUUUCCGUUAUCGUCUUUGAGAAAAAAAACUUCAAACAUUGUGUAAAUUGGUCUAGCCCUCUCAGUUACAUAUUUACGUUACGUGAUGAAAGUGAGCGAUAUACGCAUAAAGUCAGAUGGCACGACACAGAUUCAUGGUUUCAAGGGAUAUCUGUUUAAUUUGACCACUAUAAGUAAUUUCCAACAGAUAAAUUUCUCGCAUAAACUUUUUGUAUGUCUCGACUUAUAACGGAAUAAACUUUACCUGGCUAAUCGACUUUGCCAGUCCAAUGGAAACAACUGCAACUGUUUUCAUCCUAAGCGAACCACACCCAUGAUCUGUUUGCACAAUUCUCUCUCUCCUCAUUGCUUAGGCCCUAAAGUGGAGGAUAAACUCUUAAGACCAACGACUUCGGAGCCCGGCUCAGAGAAGUUACAGAAACCGGUUAAUUCAACUGCAAAGGCUGCAUUACUAAAGGCAAAACACCAAGCCCAAGAAAGGGGACGGGUGGCGGAAAUCGUUGGAGUCACUCUUGCUUUUGCAGUAGUAAUAGUUGUAAUGUCUGUGGCCUUUAUUGCCAUGUGA